AUGGAUGCAAACAAAAACCAAUCCGACGUUGGGUCCGUGAAGGACGGUGUACGAAGAGUGUCCGAGAAGGACGGUGAACGAAGAGUGUCCGUGAAGGACGGAGAACCGAGUGGGUCCGCGAAGGACGUAGUACUAAAAGAGUGCGCGGUCAGAUUGACUCGCAGCAGGAGUACGUCGGUAAGCGGCGUCACAGGGACAGGACAAAGCGCUCCGGGGCCGGGACCUAGUGUCUCACAGUCCUUAAGCGCACACCCGGAUACGGAUUUCGACUCCGAGCUUACAGCUUCAUCUUUGUCGCUGUACUCGGAGCUCGAAGCGGCACUGAGCAGAGACGUGCCAAAACCUGGCCAGAGGAAGCGUAGGCGGGCAACGCCCGUAAACGCAAAGACGGACUCGGAUGACGGGUCAGAUGCGUCGUCGAAGAAACCGGCGGCGCGUCCGGCGUUCCGUCGUCCAUCACAGGAGGAGGAGUUGCGCCACGCAGAGGACUUGGGGAAGCAGGUCGAUGCUGAAGCGCACCAAAUUCUAGAGGCCAUACGCCGAUCAGGCAACCUUAAGGGGAGCGUGAUUAAAGAAAUAAAGGACGCCGUUGCCUCGAUUCGUCGGGCCUCGGACGUCCUAGUGAGCAGGUCUGCGACGGCGGAGUGUGCGCGCCUUAGGGCCGCCAACUCCCGCCUAGAGAAGGAGGUCUUUGACCUAAAAGAAAUGAUGGCGGGAUUCCGCGUUGAGUUCGCGCAGAUGGACAAGGAGAUUGCGGAACUCCGCGGACUUAAAAAGCGAGGGGUGACACCUGGGCCGGACCCGACGGAAGUUGGCCGGCUCAAGCAGGAGAACGCAGAAUUGGAGGCACAAUUGGACCGCUACGUCAAGGACAAUGUGGAGCUCAGGCAGAAGGUCUUGGCGGGUAACGUGGCGCUGAGGAAGGCACAGCGGAGUGCUUCCCAAAACUCAGCAGAGCCGACUCCGGCAGCCGCACCGCCAGCCCCGGAGAAGAUGGAGGUGACGUCAUGCGACCCACCGGUGCUCCCGACACCGAGUGACGACAUGGAGGGUCGCAUAGUGAGGCAAAUCGGGGAGAUGUUCAACGCCCGAUUUGCCAAACUAGAGGAGGCACUUCCCCAAAAAGGGAAUAAAAAGGAUAAAAAGAAGACGCCUCCCAAGCAGGACGUCCCAAGGACAGUGCAGCCGCCGCCCAAAACUCCAGCAGCUAGGGCCGCGGCAAACAAGAAAAAGGAGGCCACGGAUCAACCAGCUCCGGUCGCCAGCACGAGCGCUGGCCUCUCCCAGCAACCGUCGACAAGUACAGCAGAGGAGGGGUGGUCGACGGUCGUACGGCGGGGCAAGAAGGGCUCUGCGGCGACAAAAAGUCAGAAGGCGCCGGCCGCUCAGGCGGCCCCCAUACAGGCAACAAAGGAAUCGGCUAAGCCGAAAAAGAGAAGGCUACGUCCCCCCCGCUCCUCGGCGAUUGUACUAACAAUUCAGCCGGAAGCCGAAAAGGGGGGGCUGACAUACAGCUCGGUGCUCCGCGAGGCGAAAGAUAAGAUUUCCCUCGCGGAACUCGGGAUUACCGAGUUGAAAUUCAAGCCGGCCAUCACCGGAGCGCGCAUCCUUGAGGUGCCAGGCGACUCCGGUGAGAAAGCAGACUUGCUGGCCGACAAGCUGGCCUCCGUCUUGCCAGAAGGGUCCGUCCGGGUCUCCAGGCCGACAAAAUCGGCCGAAUUACGAAUCGGAGACCUGGACGACUCGGCCACAGUGGCUGAAGUUGUUGCCGCGGUCGCGCGGGAGGGGAAGUGCACGGUGGAAACCGUUAAGUCGGGGGAAAUCCGUCGCACUUCCUCAGGUGUGGGCACCUUAUGGGUGCGCUGCCCAGUGGCAGCUGCAAAGGCCCUCGUCGAUGCCGGCAGGGUCAAAAUUGGGUGGACGAUGGCGCGGGUGUUUUCCUUAGACCCGAGGCCACUGCGGUGCUACCGCUGCCUUCUCACGGGGCAUGUGGGACAGCGGUGCACUGCGAGAGAGGACUGCGGCGGCAUGUGCUUCCGCUGCGGACAGGCCGGUCACAAGGCCGCGUCGUGCGUCGCGCCGAAGCCGCAUUGUCGGUAUUGCGCGGCGGCUGGUCGUGAUGCCGACCACCGGAUAGGCAGCGGAAAGCAAUGCCGCGCUCCGAAGGCCCGUGCACCCGCGCCGGUCGGCGGAAGUGAAGGGGAGAGGAUGGACACGUAG